CUCUCCCACAGAAGCCCUGCACUCUCCACCAGAAUGGCUCCUACCUACACCAGAGACUCUCCCUGCUCCCUGCUCUCCACCAAAGACAGGCACAAAUUGAGGAAACCAGUUGUGGAGAAAAUGCGCAGAGAUCGCAUCAACAGCUGCAUCGAGCAGCUCAAGACCCUGCUGGAGAAAGAGUUCCACAAGCAGGAUCCCAACGCCAAGCUGGAGAAGGCUGACGUGCUGGAGAUGACCGUGGUGUUCCUGAAGCAGCAGCUGCAGCCUCAGAGCCCGGCCGCUCACAGGGCCCACAGCGAGGGCUACUCCCACUGCUGGAAGGAGACGCUGCACUUCCUGUCUGCCAACUCCCUGAAGGAAGCCGCGCUCCCGCACCUCCAGUACAUCCACGCUGCCCACAGAGCCGGCCAGGACCCGAGCCCCACCUCUGCCCUGUCCUCCCACAGCCACAGCCAGGGCCCCGCCAAGCAGCUGCCCAGCACCACCAAAGCUGUGUGGAGGCCGUGGUAGACUCUUCACA